AUCCGAGGGAGCCCUGCCUCCUGUCUUUCCCAAAAACAGAGCAUUUCCGGUUGCUUCUCUCAGAAUACAGUUGAUGGUUUCUGAGAGGACGAAGAAGAAGAAGAAGAGCGACUGGUCUCUCCCACCCAGGAGAGGCCAGAUCAAAGCUGAAAUCUUGAAGAGCAUCGUUCAGACCGUCGCUUCCGCCGCCAUCAAGGCCGUUGAAGUCGUCGGGAUGAAACCGCGCGGCGGUGGAUCCUCGUCGUCAAGCUCUGGCGCCGGCUCUGCUUUCACAACCCCGCCGCCGAGCCCAACCACCACCGUGAAACUCUCCGCCGCCUAGCUUAUUAAGUAAAUGUUACGCCGCCACCGUGAAUGAUGUUGUUUUAUGGUCAUAUAUUCACCGGUGCCAUGGACCAUGGGCUUUCUUUUUUUCAUCAAGUCCCUUCCUAAUUAUCCCUGCGUGCCUUUCUUCUUCUUCUUCUUCUUCUUCUUCUUGCGAUCACUCCCUGUCAUUCGAGGUUGUCAUUCGGAAGUGCUUUUUUUUUCUGUCCUUCCAUGGAUGAUGUACAUCGCAAGAGGGUUUUGGUCUUUUUUCGUUAUGUUUAUUUGUACUAUUCCUGUGUUUGAGGCCU